AUGCUACCACGUCCAUUGCCCGGCAUUCCCUAUAACAAGAAGUCGGCCCAACGUAUUCUCGGAGAUGCCGUCGACUUGCUCCAACAUAAGGUAGAACACGGAGAUAUCUUCGGCUACCUAGCGAGAUUGGCAGAGGAGAUGAAAGAGCCAGUCUUUCAAAUCUUCGUACAGCCGAUAGGAAGGCCUUGGGUCGUUGUUAAUGAACCCCGAGAAGCGUACGAUAUUAUGACCCGUAGAGCAAAGGACUUCGAUCGAUCGAACUUCUUCGGUCAGAUCUUCAAACCUAUCUUGCCAAAGACACAUGGACGUAUGCCGACCGGGACCGAGUGGCAUGCUCACAGACGGCUAGUGAGUGACACUAUGUCUCCGACCUUCUUAGCUGAGGUAGCUGGGCCGCAGAUAGAGAAGUCACGGCUAGCAGCGGGUCGGCCAUUCUCUGCGACAGAAGAUGUGCACAAUAAUACCCUGGAUAUCAUCUGGACUGCUACCUUUCGCGUUAAAAUUGGACCAAACAAGACUCGUGCAAAGUUGUUAGCAGACUUGAAGGAAAUCGAUCUAUUGGACAUGGACAAGCCUGUAACAUUUCCGGAGCCUGGUGAUCCUGUUGCCUUCAAAUCGAUCAUUACGCUAGUGAAAUCGAUGUCUAUCCCGGUCAACUCGCCCACCCCUUACCUUUCGCAUUGGCUGGCUCUUAAUAUGCGCCCCAGCCUGAUAAGUGCUCGCAGAACUAAGGACAACCUGAUUUUCAGCAAGUCAAGGGAUGCAAGCGAGAAGUUCUCCGAACAGAAGGAUGCGAGCGAGGAGAACUCCGACCAGAGAGACAGCGACGUUGAAGCCAUGGUCGGGUUGAAGUGCGCCCUUGAGCUGGUGGUGGCGAAGGAAAUAAGGAUGGCGCAGAAGCAGGGCCGACGACCCGAGCUCUUUAGCCAGGCUAUCCAAGAUGAACUUUUUACGUUCCUUAUUGCAGGCGGAGAUUCAAGUUCAACGACAUUCUGCUGGGCAAUCAAAUUCUUCACGGCAGAUCAAGAGCUCCAGUCUAAAUUUCGCCGCGUUUUAAAGAGCAGCUUCAAACGAGCGGCUGAAGACAACGAUCUGCCAACUAUUGAAGAGAUUACUAGUACUUCGAUUCCAUAUCUCGACGGUGUCAUAGAGGAAUGCCCGCGACUCGGACUCAUUGGUCCAGCGACUGUUCGCAAAGCCUUGAGAGAUACCACGAUCCUCGGGUACUACAUUCCUGAAGGAACGGGUGUCUUUCUCUGCAACAACGGACCUGGCUUUUUGACGGAAUAUUUACCUGUCGACGAGUACAAACGCAGUCAAAGUAGCCAAGAUGGUAAGACCAAGAUUCCAGCAUGGAAGAAUGAUCCCUCCAAGUUCAAUCCAGAGCGCUGGCUGGAUAAAGAUGGGAACUUCCAUCAACACGCUGGCCCGACCAACGCAUUCGGUGCAGGACCUCGAAGUUGCUUUGGCCGAAAGUGGGCACACCUGGAGCUUCGAAUCAUGCUGGUUCUUGUUAUCUGGAACUUUGAGCUUCUGCCAACUCCUCCGGCGCUUUCAUCCUUCAAAGCUGUGGACGGAUUGACACAUUCUCCACAACAGUGCUACACCAGGCUCAAGGCUUUGUCUUGA